AUGAAAAAUGGUGAAGUUAAACCUCGUGCAUGGUUAAUUUGUUCAGAAACUAAAGGAUCGGUAUUUUGUGCCCCAUGUCUUUUGUUUGGCAAUAAUAAUGAGACAAAUGCUUUUACUGGCGAAGGUUUCCGUGAUUGGAAAAACUCAAAAACCCGUGUUGAAGGUCAUGAAAACUCUAGUAUUCAUAAAACUUGUGUGAGUCAAUUAAAAACUCGAGUAACAGCUCGAGGACGAAUCGAUCAAUUUCUCGCACAACAGCUCGAUGAAGAAAUUUCGUAUUGGAAAAAUAUUUUACAUCGGGUAGUUGCAAUCGUCAAAUCGCUUUUAAUAAGAGGACUGCCAUUCCGAGGACAUUCGGAACAAUUGGGAAAUCCACAUAACGCUGAUCACUUGAAAUCAUUUGCGCAUCCAGGAAGUGGAAGUACAUCAUAUUUAUCAGAAACAAUCUAUGAAGAAAUUAAAUUGUUAAUACAUAAUCAAGUAUUGAAACAAAUUUCUACUGAAAUGCAAAAUGCUAAAUACUUUGGAAUUAUUGUAGAUUCUACGCCUGACAUCGCCCACGUCGAUCAGCUUACUAUUAUUAUUAGAUAUGUACGUAACAAUGGAGAAAUAGUAGAGCGAUUCUUAGGAUUUGUACCAAAUGCAGGUCAUAAAGCCAAAGAUAUUGAAGAUUCUGUUUUAAAUUUUUUGUCACAGAAUGAUUUCGACGUAAUGAACUGUCGUGGUCAGUCCUACGACAACGCAAGUAAUAUGUCUGGUAUAUAUUCAGGUGUUCAGGCACGAAUUAAAACACUCAAUCCUUUAGCUGAUUAUGCUCCUUGUGCUGCACAUUCAUUAAAUUUAGUAGGAACUUGCGCAGCUGAAUCAGUCCCUGAAACACGGACAAAUCGAAAUCCUAAAAGUCUUUCUAAGACUCGUUGGUCUGCUCGACAUGAUGCAUGCUAUGCAUUAGAAAAAAAAUGGUCUGAUAUACUUGAUGCAUUGAAUUAUAUUGCAACAAGUACAGAUCAAAAACCAAAUACACGUUCCGAAGCUAUUGGACUGCAAAAAAACAAAAAACUUCAACAAUCACAAAUCGACUUAUCAACCGUUGUCGAACUUUAUGAUUCACUUGCUUCGUUUCUUCAAGAUAUGAGAAAUAAUCAAUUUUCCUACUAUGAAGAAAAAGCAAAAUUGCUCUCAGAAGUUAGAAAUCAUUACGCACAUGAUACUCGACGUAAAAAAAUUCGAAAGCUCCAAUCAGAUGAGUCAAGAGUAAAUGAAAGGGAACCUUACUCUGGCCAUGAAAAUUUUCGUACCAAUAUUUAUUACCGCAUUCUUGAUAUUUUAAAUGUAGAACUAAUUAGACGUAAAGAAGUAUACAAACAGCUUCACGAUAAUUUCAGUUUUUUCGAUAAUUUACCUGAUAUUAAUAUAAAUCAACUCACGGAGCUAACAGCAAAGGCAGUCGCAACGUACCCGGAUGAUUUAGAAGAAGCAUUAAAUAAUGAGUGCAUUCAUUUGCAGUGUUACUUAAAACAACUAUCGAGCAAGGUUAAAGAUACACGUUCUGCAUCAAAUAUAAGUGCAAUUUUAUAUUCACGUGAACUCUAUGAUAUUUAUCCAAAUAUAGAUAUUGCGUUGCGUAUUUAUCUAAGUAUUCCUGCAACGAAUUUUCUGGGGAAAGAUCAUUUUCCACCCUCAAAAGAGUGA